CAUUCGAAGCGUAUAGAGAGAGCGGUUGUGGAACUAUUUGGGAUACAAGCGCUGUUGAGCCUAUUUUGGUCUGUGCUGGUGAAGUGAAGUGAAGUUUAGUCGAAAGAAAGUCGAUUAAUUUUACAUUUGUGUUGGAUGUAUUGUUCAGUUUGCGAUUAGAAAAGACUGUGAAAGUCCAUGUGAAUUAGUUUUGACGAGUUUAGAGGAGUUUAUGAAGAUAUUUCGAGAUGAAAGUCGAGGUGACCACAGCUGUGAACUUUAUCACUACAUUAUUGAGAAGAACAGGACUUCUGUCUGAAGAACAACUCCAACACUUCAGUCAUUCUCUGGAAGAGGCAUUAGGAGAGCAUUAUGAGCAUCACUGGUUCCCUGACGCACCAUUUAGAGGUUCGGGAUACCGCUGUAUCCGGAUCAAUCACAGGAUGGACCCGCUAGUAGGGAAGGCUGCUUACAACAUUGGUCUCAGCAUGGAGCAGCUUUUCUCCCUCUUACCUUGUGAACUUACAAUGUGGGUCGACCCCUACGAAGUGUCCUAUCGUAUAGGGGAGGACGGGUCCAUAUGUGUACUGUACGAAUCCACACCACCACCGCCGGAUACUCAUCUGAACUCUCUGGAUAGCUGCAAAGAGAAACUGAGAAUUGGUCAGUCGAGCCCUUCAAAAUCAUUUAAUGUGAUGACUGUCUCCAGCUAAUCUCUCUGCACAUCUGGCCCACAUUUGUUUUAUAUUUUAAAUGAUAAUUUUAAUGACUGAAUAAAUUGGAUAUAUUUUGAUUUAGUACUUGAUUAACACCUGUAAAUAUUUGUAAAUGUUUUAUAUAUUUUGAUUAAAGAUGAUGCUUCAAUUUUUUAA